AUGUCGAGCAGAGGGAGUGCCAGUUCUAGUUCUAUGCCAGUAAAGAAAGGGCCAGUAGGUAAGCCCAGCGCCAAGCCCAAGGAAGAGGGAGAGGCGCCGCGAAGGAUGAUAGUGAAGGAGACCAGAGCUGUCGUCAUCGAUAUCGGGACUGGGUCCUGCAAGUGUGGGUUUGCUGGGGAGCAGAAGCCAGCCCAUGUGAUCUCAUCGACCGUGGGUAAGCACUUCCAGGAAACUGCGAAAACAGGAGACAACAGGAAAGAAACUUUUGUUGGCAAAGAACUUCAGGAUGCCAGAAUACCCCUGAAGCUUCUCAACCCUCUGAGACAUGGAAUCAUAGUGGACUGGGACACCAUCCAGGACAUAUGGGAGUAUAUAUUCCACAAGGAGAUGAAGAUUCGGCCUGAGGAACACGCUGUCCUGGUGUCGGAUCCUCCCUUGAGUCCCACCACCAACAGAGAGAAAUAUGCAGAGAUGCUCUUUGAGACGUUCUGCACCCCUGCCAUGCACAUUGCCUAUCAGUCUAGACUGUCAAUGUAUUCCUACGGGAAGACAUCGGGCCUUGUUGUGGAAAGCGGCCAUGGGGUUUCUUACGUCGUUCCCAUCUAUGAAGGCUACACUUUGCCAAGCAUUACAGAAAGGGUAGACUAUGCCGGGUCUGAUGUCACCCAAUACCUCAUGAAAUUAUUAAACGAGUCUGUGAAACUGUUCUCAGAGAAAGACUGGAAGACCCUAGAAGACAUCAAAGAGAACUACUGCUUCACUUCACUGGACUUGCAGCAGGACUCCAACGCACCUCUUGGGAAACACGAGAUCGAAUACGAGCUUCCUGACGGGCAAGUGAUCCGUAUCGGCAGAGAGAGGUUCAUGUGUUCCGAAAUGCUCUUCAAGCCAUCCUUGAUAAACUCGCAGCAGCUGGGCCUUCCUCUCCUGACCAUGAUGAGCCUCAACAAGUGUGAUGCCACCCUCAAGAAGAACCUGAUGAACAACAUCUUGUUGUGCGGGGGCUGUACCACAAUGAAAGGCUUCGCUGACCGCUUUCAGAAAGAACUGAGUAAGAUAUCCACGAAUGAUAAACCCGUGAUGAUAGCCUCCCCUGAAAGAAAAACAUCCGUAUGGACGGGAGGCUCCAUACUAGCGUCCCUCAAGGCCUUCCAGCAGCUCUGGGUUCACAGAAAAGAAUAUGAGGAACGGGGUCCUUUUUACAUCUACAGGAAAUGUUUCUGA